UUUGCAUUGUGCUCAACAAGCCAUGUCCAGAAACGAGCAGCGUGUUAGCAAACACAUCAUGGUAAAACAUUGAUUUUAGGCCCCUGACACAGCUUUUCACGGGCAAAAGGUCAAUUUGUCUAAAGCUGUCAAAGCUUCUCCCACUCCUUCCUUCCUUUCCAAACAAUUUAAUCGCACCGAAAGUGCCGAAAGGAAGAAAACGGUUAGCUAUUUUAUGUUGUUGUCAUACGACAACAAGCACCCUAUUGCAAUUGGCACACUGUAAACCCAAUAUGCCUGUGUUGUGAAAGGUCUACCGGGUUUUGUUUUAUUUCAACCAUCCCCAAAAGAGGCAGCUGCUUCCGCCCACCUUUCGCGUGGGGAAAAUAGUUCGAGACAUGGUGGAUGCGCAUCCGGCGAGGAUGAGUGCGUCGUAAAAAAUUGAUCUCCAGUACGGGCAGGCAAAAACACAUCGUUAAUCUAAUUUUAGGCAUGUAUGCCAUGGGUGGGUGAACUGAACAGUCAGGUUCGGGCGAGCACAUCUGCUUGCUUUGGCCACAGGGGCACAGAUCGGUAGUAAGAUGAAGAGAUCGAUUAUAUUUACCGGUGAGUGAAAAAUUUAUUUUCUUCCCGUACACAUACAUGCACCGUGAGUUUGACCGGGAGGAAGCAAACAGAGUUUUUGCCCGUACUGUUUCUCCUUUGGAAACCGAUCCUGUGGUUGCAAAAUGGCACGAAGAACUCACACACCUAUCGGCUCGUGGUACCUAUCGGCUGGAUGGUAGCAGUAGCAGCAUGCUGGAUGCGGUGCGGGUCUCAGAUGUUUUCAGUGUAAAUAUUAUGCCACAACGAAGUUUUCCUACUGGUCCAUUCUGGUCCGUGGCUGGCAAGGAAGAUCAUGCACGUAUCGUUUGCUGCAGCAUCGCAGUUAGCUACAGAUGGAGGGAAGAAGCAAACACGAGAGAAAGAUCGUUGCAGGAAAAGCAAAGAUUUAUACUCAUCCGCAUGCAACCACAACGGAACUGCUUGGUUGUGCUAAAACAGCAGUGAUGCCGUGAAACGUGUUAUCGAAGGCAAACUUUACGAGUGUGAUUCGGAAUUUUGUUUAUUCUUUUUUUUAAGAAAAGUGCAUUGUUAUGCAUUGUUUUCGUGUGUUUUGUGUUUUCGUGCAUAAGAGCCAUCUGAGUUAUUUAGUAAAAUAAUCAUUAAUUAAUUUUUAAUGUGGUAUUCUGAGUGAGAUACUUUUUUUAAAAAUGAAAUUCUCCUUGUUUGUAAUUAGACCUCGACCUUAAAGUUUCAUUUAAUAUUGGACUACAUUUGAUAUAGUAUGCUAAAUAUUUACUAUGUUUUUUCACUUCAAAGCUGUUUAAUGUCAGAAUAUUCUUCAAAAUGAAAAAAAAAAAUUAUUAAAUUUCUCUAAGAUAACGACUUCAGAAAUAUUUGGUAAAUAUUUGUAAUCAACGUUUCGAGUAACUUUGGAAAAAUACUGGGAAAAGAUAACUUAGUCCCUAAAUCUAACGAAAAGUGGUUCUCGCCAUUACUAUUCGUGAGUGACAAUUUUACUCUUUCCUUUAUUAAUAUUCAGAUCUACUGCCAUGGGUGUCAUAUUACUAUAUACACUUUGUAUGGGGUUUUGCAGUUCAUUUUGAAUGUGAAUAUGAUAUGUGAGAUGAUAUAAACCCUGUGUAUUGAAAAACGUAAAAUCCUGUUUUCAGAAAACUAUUUGUCUUUACAAUUUUUUUUAAAUAUUCUAAAUAUUUAUGGCAUUAGAUGACAUGACAAUAUUUUUUAAAAAUAUCCGUAGAAAAGAUAACGGUCAGUUUAGUACAAAAUUGUUUAUAAUUCUUUUCGGAACAAUCAAUGUGCUAAAAACGCCAAACUUCAAAACCCGAAAUCGAGCAAAUGUUGCAAACUCGUGAUAAGCCCACCCGGAACGAUCGACACCGGGUUAUCAUCAGUCUUCUUGCAUUCGCACACCCGAGCACAAGCUCGUCCCAAAUGCUCUGUAAUAGAAUUGGUGUAAUUUGACUGAUUGUUCGUUCACCGUGAUCGGUUAGUGAUCUUAGUCUCAAGAUGGCCUUUCGACAAGAAUGGUGCAGUGCGGUGAUAUUGUGCCUGAUUCUCUGUACUGUGAAUCCCAUCGCAUCCGCUCCACAAUCAGAUGGGACAAUUUAUCGUGAAGGGCUUGAUUUGCAAAAGUGUGGUGUUCCGAAAGUUUCUCUCCGCAGUCGCAUCACUGACGGAGAGGUCGCAAUUCAGGGUCAAUGGCCCUGGCAUGGUGGACUGUUCCAUCUUAACGAUUACCAGUGCGGCUGUACGUUGAUCAAUGAAUUAUUUGUGCUGACUGCCAGUCAUUGUGUGUACGACGGUGAUACAGGUUACAAAAUUAGUGAAAAACUGGUGCUCAUUAAGCUGGGUAUGGAUCGACUGUCGGUAAACGGCACCAGUCCAAUGCAGUCGUAUGCGGUGCAAAAGAUCAUACCACACUCGAAAUUCGUUCCAAACACCCACAAACAUGACGUGGCACUGUUGCGGCUUAACAGAACCGUUCAGUUUACAAAUUAUAUUCAACCUGUUUGCCUGGAUUUGACCGAAUCGAUAUGGGUUGAAUAUUUGGCGGACGUAUUCGGUACCGUUGUGGGCUGGGGUCUGACCGAGAAGAAUCACAUCUCAGACAAGCUGCUCAUGGCGGAGAUCCCGAUAGUACGCUACACAGACUGUGUUGAAAGUAACCCUGACCUCUACGGGCGGCUGAUCUACAGCGGGAUGUACUGUGCGGGAAUUUUAAACGGCACAAGCCCAUGUAACGGUGAUAGUGGUGGUGGGAUGUACAUUUACCGUGAGAAGCGGUGGUUCCUGCGGGGUGUAGUUUCAUUUUCGGGCAUCCGAGAGGGUACCAACUACUGUGACUCGUUUAGCUACGUUGUGUUUAUGAACGUACCGUACUACGCCAAAUGGAUUGCGUCGGAGGUGGAUGCAGCGAGGGAAGAACUGUUGAAAGCUUCAACGACCACAGUGAAACCAAACUUUGCCAACCGAUGGGAUUCCGAUCUGUACCAAGACUAUAACGAGGAUAAUAUCUAUUCGCUGCGAAUGGAAAUGGAUGGUGACAACUCCUUGGUCGUACCUCGAAUGGGACAAGAAAGGACGAGGGUGUGGAGACGCUCCGUGCGCUGCGGAGAGAGUGUGACACUUUCGUGUAAACGAUCUACAGGUCUAGCCCACAGGACGAUACAGUGGUUUAAGGUGGAAAGCGGAGUACGGACAUUUUUGAUUGCGAAUGAAACGCUCAGCUUCCGUGACGUGCGCUAUCAUCAUGCUGGAGAAUAUUGGUGUCAGGUGACCGACGACACCGGCACAUUGCACGAAACUGGUUUGCAGCUGUCCGUGACACGGGUACCGAUACAUUUCCAGCAGGGUGAAAACAUAUCGUACGUCGUGCAUGAUGCGCUCGUGGACGCUCAAUCGUCCACCCAGUUCAGUUUCGAGAUUACGUUUAGAACGAACGGCUCGGAUGCGCUACUGUUCCACAAGCCACCGAUAACCGAUGUCGAGAGUUGGACAUUUUCGUUGCUGCUCGAACGGAACCGCCUUACGUUACGGAUCGUCCCUCCGGGUCAGUUGGAGAAGGUUUUUCGAAGUGUCAAACUGCAGCUUCAUCCCACUAGCUGGCAUACGGUACUGGUGACCAGCUAUGACGGUCAGGGAUUGAUGGCACUAGACGGCCAAUAUCUGGUGGGAUUUGAGGGUCAUCUAAUGCUGCAUCGGGGGGAUCGAUACUACAUUGCGAAUGCACCCGGUCUCAGUACGAUUGGUUUCAGCGGGUGUGUGAGCCGAUUGAUGAUAAACGAUAAGGAGUUGCACUUGGAGCGGGACUUUUCCGUCCGUAUGAAUGUGGCAAAAUGCGAGUUUUGCAAUACCGUGGAAUGCAAUAUGGGUCUGUGCCCUGUGGGACAACAGCACUCCUGCAUAAAUUACGUCUGCAGCGAGGGACGCUGUGACGGUCCGGAUGUUUUGCCGCCCGAGGAUCACUGUGAUUUGGAAACAGGAGCAUACACACGGGGACUUAGGUUUCAACAAAAUAGUUACGCUUCCUAUAGGAGUUUCCUACAGGCAUUACUGACAGUUGAUUUGCAGCUUCAGCUGCAUGGUCUGACCGAUGGAAUCGUACUUCAUACGGCCGAGCACAGGCGAGGUUUUGGCAAGUUUAUUACAAUCGUGGUGAAGGCGGGACGCAUUGAGCUGCGAUUUACGACCGAUGCACAUCUGCAUACGAUUUAUCUCGAGUCCACCGUCAAGUUGAUGACAGGCAGAUGGUAUCGAUUGCAAGCCGGCUAUCGGGACGGGUACGUGUAUUUGCAAGUGAACGACGAACUGGAGGUCGCCCGAAGCGUACUUGGAACGGUGUUCCCUACAAAUCGGCAGCUGGUUGUAUUCGUCGGUGGUGUUCGCUGGCAAGGCUUCAUAAACCGUCACAGAGAUGUGAACCAAGGAUUGGAUGGGUGCAUUAAAAGGCUCAAACUUUCCGGACUUCCGGUGGAUCUGGUGGACGAUAUGGUGGAAUCAGCAAAUAUACGCAGCUGCCAAGGCGGAACGAGCUAAACGGUUGCCGGAGCAAGCUGCGGUAUUUUCCACCAUUUCCAUUUCGUAGUAAUUAAAUUCCCAUUCCGGCUCGGUUUGCAUUGCAGUUGCGUUUUGCACUUGAGGUCCAACUUGUUUCAGAUUCACCCGUGGGCAAUGGAGGAAAACCGCAUAACAUACCGCAUUUCAUUCAUUUUCCUGCAGCUGGGGACAUUUGGUCGUGAUUCAUUUAGGUGCGGACAGAAGAUUGCGACACACACAAACACACACAUACUUUCAGGAUGUACAAAGCUCAUUGUCAUCCUCUCAUUAUAGCAACUGUGGACAACAGAAGUCGUGAGAUGGAAAGGAAAAGAAGGGAUGCAAUAAAUUAAAAAGUAAUAAAAAUAAAGUUUAAUUAUAAUCUGCCAUCAUUACUUAGUGUUCUCCCGGUUCUUGGUGACCACAGGUUAACUGUAUUUUUUUGUACUGAUGAACGUGAUGCAGUAUACUUCGAAAACGUAGGUUAGUAAAUCAAUUAUUCUAUCGAGAUUCCAUCGAGGACCUUUGGUAUACUGGACCCACGAUAUAUUAGAUGCAUGAUGGAUGAAGCUUUGCUGACCUUCAGGAAGCAUUAGUGGAGACUUUCUCAUUUUAAAAUUUCAAGUCUUUCCAUAUUUGUACCGCGGUUCAACAAGAGAUUUGUAAACUUUCAAGAACAUACAAAAUAACUACAAAUGAUAAUUAAGGUAGUAACUGUAGUAAAUUAAAAUGAUUGAUAGAAGCAUGUUUCUUAGUAUCGAACGUGUGGAGGGAAAGCCAUCAUUUUUUGUGAGCUUAUGUAUGUUGUGUCCUCCUUUGCCUGAACCAUGGACGUUAUCCUCACUGGCGAAUCCCUUUUACCCGUGUUCGAAAGGUUGAUUCUCAAAAGAAUUUUCGACCGCGUUUGUGUGAAAGGACAAUGGAGGAGCUGGUAUGAACUCUAUGAGAUGUAUGAUUAACUAACUAUCGUACAGCGAAUUACAUUCGUCAGGCAUCAAUGGACUGGUAAUGUCAUUCAAAUAGAACCGGACGACCCAGUCCGGUAAGUAUUUUUAGGAUGUUUACAGGGACAGAAGAGGCGUUGUAAGCUCAAACUGAGAUGGAGUGAUGGCGUUAAUAACCGACCACCUAAAAGGCCAGAGGACUCCUGCAACGGAAAACUUCGCGAAGCGAUUGUGGCAACGGAUAAGCAAGUGUGUUGGCUUCUCAGUUUCUGAAGCACAAUAUUUCAUUUGUGAACACUGUGAAAUUGAAAAUGCUUAAAAAAGAUAUAAAUGCUCCAUCGUGAAGAUCAACAACUGCCUCCAAACCUUUGUUUUUAAUUAACUAUAUAAGGAUUAAAGUUCGCUGAGUGUCCUAAAGAGUCUAGGAUUCUAUCCAGACGCUCAAUUCUUUUACGUUUCAACAACCACCUAAGUUCUAAUCUUUUAAGUACGAAAUGCUGUAGCGACGGAUGAAGAAGAAUAAAGCAACAUGAUCUACAAGCAUGUAUGAAUGUUACAGAACAAACUCUUGUGCAGCUGCUCGAGCACCUCAGCAUCACCAGCUCAUUACCUAUGCAUUAAGCAUAAAAUGGCAUUUUUAAUGGUGUUAAUUUAUCAUUCCCAUUGCCGCCUUUGUUCCCCAGAGAACGGCAGCCUCAUUCAACGGUAGCCGUUGUGCUUUUGAUGUACCCAACUAUCCGUGGCCGUACGGUAUGGCAACUUUGGACUGGUAUUUUACCUCGGACGGUUAGCAAUCGGUCCGAUAAAGCCGCACACAAAGGAACUCAUAUGGGAGCAAAAGGUAGAGAGAAAGAGGCAAAAAACAAAAAGCCGUAUUUCGAGUGCUAAAACGGAACUGAUUCAUUUUUGGGCAGCUUUUUCGUUUUCUUCCGUGCUGUUCGCGUUGGGAGUUUUUUUUGUUCCGUUUGCUGCUUCUUUGUUCCACAGUGUACGGCCAUUGCUAUUGCAUACAAAACGUCUCAUUGCCUGAAAAGGACGCACACCGCACCGCACUGAAAGCUUUUGUUAAGUUUUCUCAUUUCGCGAGAUCGGCCUUUAUGGGAUGCCUUUAUUGAGCCCGUCCCAAAUUGGCAGCGGCUCAUUUCGUUACAACCAGAGCCUGUAGAAAAUGGGUACGCGCUUUGAAUCGUGCUCGUUCUGCAGUUCGGGAUGCUGGACUGUUUCAAGGCGUCCACAGCGCAAAGGUUCUGCGGCCGCCGGCAAGUGCUAGGAUUGUAGCCAAACAAAAAAGUGUUCUCCAGUGGCCCAUAAUUAAAUGGCCCAUGGAUUUAAACGUUCACUACACACAGAAUGGUUGUGUAAUCGUGUUCUCUGAUAGAAAUUUGAAGCAUUUUUUUAAACAAAACUGCUACGUAAUCCGUCUGUUAACGUUUGAAGCAUUGUUUGAUGCAGUACUGAUUGUAAGCACAGCAGUUAACAGGACUAAUAGCUCUUAUUUGUUGACAAUGGAAAUACUAUGCAUGGAGAUUUCCGUAGUCUGGUAUUAAAGAAUAUUUAAAAAGAUUUGAGAUUCAAAAAUAAUGUUUUGUGAAUUUACCAUUUAAAAAAUUUUUUUUAUGUUUUUUUUUAUUUCCUUUAGGACGGCUAGGAUUUGUUAUUUAAUUUAGGUUGUAGACAAAUAUUUGAAUUUCGGUUUAAAGCAACCAAAAACGCGAAAAGAAAAACAAAUAAAACUGCUUAUAUACUAGACUAUACCAGACUAGAAUUAUAUUCUCUAUUUUGUUAUGUAGGAACCGAGUAUGCGCGGCAUAAGGCAAAGUACAAGGAGGAAAUGCCUUGUAAAAUUUGUACACACUUUUAGCCUCUUGAGGCUGACAAUACGGCUGAAAGCCAUAAUCAUGAAAUAAAAAUAAAUAAAAUUUUGUUAUGUAGGAAAGUUUCUGUGGAAAAGGGAUUAGUUCACAUCCGAAUCAAUCCACGUAGUUGUGGUGUGACUGCUUCACCUUUGCCAUAUUUUUUAUAAUUAAUUUAAGGUUUGUUAUAUCCCUUUUGAUCUUGGUAAUUUACAUUUACAACUUUGAAUUUCAAUCCCAAUGAGGUUUCGAAAAGUGGUUGUCUACAACAUGUUUCCCAUUUACUUAAAGCACCCAAAAAAACCGUACCUAAAAACAAUGGACGCUUUUUCAGCAGCUAAGUAUUGCUGUAAACAUUACCCAAGUUGGUCCAUUACAAUAACACUUUCAGUCUCGCAGCCACUCCCGUCCUGUGGCUGGAGCAGCAAACAAAUAAACAAAAAAAAACCAUCAUUACGUAAAAGAACAACAAUUUCAAUCCAUCCAAUCCCAUGCAAAUAGCCAUCCUUGUGCGAAUGAAAAGUGGAAGUUAUGCAAAUGAGAAUGGCAUAAAGCAAGGGCUGUCGUAUCGAGCGUCCAGUAAUGUUCUCCGGAGGCUUUUCCAUUCAAUUAGAGAUGAUAUUCAUUCAGUUUUGUUGCUGCUUUCAAUGUUUUAUUCUGAUUUUUUCUUCUUUUUUUGUUGUUGUUUUCUUUUUCGUUUAUUUUCACUGUUUCGUUCAAGUGAUGUUUGCUGUAAGCUGUAGAGAAAGCAUGAGCUGAAGACAGCAGCAGCGAGACGUAAAGUAUGUAUACGCUUCAGUUGAUAGAUGAUACGAGUUGGUCGGUGAUUUCAGUUGUUGUGGAAAAAUACGUCGCAAUUUCCGACGAAGAAAGAGAGAAAGUUAAAUAAUGACAAAAAAUGGAGUCAUUAUUCUAGCAAGAAUGAUGGUAACAGCUUGCAGUCAUAAGCAAAGGAUAGACGCGGCGUGGAAGCCACACUCAACGAAAGGGAAAGCUUGUCCGCUCUUUGUGCUUGUGUGCAGGAUGGAAACUUAUGCUUGAUUGUUAUUGGGACAAAACUUUAGACACGUGAUAUCGACAAUCUUCUUGCUUGAUUGCGUUUGAGUUGCCGUUGAAGCCAAAUUGGCCCUUUCUGUUGAAAAGUUUUUUUUUCUUCAUUGUUCUUGAAGAAAUAAGAGUUAAAGCUUGCAAAAGCUUUUACUUGUAUGUAGCAAUUGCAACGAAAGCAGGAACUCUUCACUAAACACUAAAGAAGAAUUCUUUGUAUGUUUUUUUUCGAAAAAAAACUCAUUUCAACUCAAAAAGGGCUUAUUGGAAUGAUUUUUUUAUAAUAUUUAUCUUAUUAAGAUAAACUGGGUUACUAAUGCAAUUUCUACUAACGAAUACUUAAACACAUUUUGCACGACUGCAGGCUUAACAAUUACGAAGCAGAUGGAACUAAAAGGCUUUAUAAUGUUCCAUUACUGGUAAGCUAAAAAGCUAGUAAAUCUAAACUAAAAUGGACGUAUCAACGUGUUGAGCGUUAUAUUCCAAGGCUCCUCUCUACUCCCCCAUUGCAAAAGAUGCCAUAAAAAAGAAGAAACACAACUAGGAAGAAGAAGAUGAAGAAGAACAAAACCUUGCAGGAGCUUGCCCUUUUUUAAUGCUUCAGGGAGCAUUGGCUUUUUUACGGUCGUUUAUGCUAUUUCAUGAACGUCAUGUCAGCAGCACAUUGCCUCGAAUUGAACCCAAGUCUCUCCAUGUCCGUAAUGGAGCGUCUUGUAGAAAUGGGUGUGAGCAAGGGACGGUGGUUUGUUUUCUUCUUCUUUUACCUUUUGCAGCUUCGUCUGCUGAUGCUGCUAUUACAUCGAGUUACGCUAUAAGUGAAUUUGUUGACGUGUGAUACUGUGUGCAUGCCGGUGAGCACCAUUCGGUUGGUCGCCCCGAUGAAGGAAGGCGUGUAAGGAAAAAAAACGGUGCAAAAGUUGAGUGUGCUGAGCUAGUUGCGCUGGUUGGCAAUUUUCACCACCUCACGGUGUGGAAGAUAAACUGAAACUCGAUUUUAAAUCUGUUUAUUGUUAUAGACCAUCCAAGCGAAAUUGAAUUAUUGCCGGGGCGCAUUGGACGCUCUUCAGAUGAUAUGCCAGCGAUGAAAAUGGUAAGAUGGUGAGUAAGAUUUAGUGUACGGUGGAAUGUGAAACGAAGAUGUUUUAAUAAACCGCAAUAAACUGCUGCUUCGGCUUUUUGUUUUUGGUACACACUUAAUGAAUGAUAAACAAUGGGAAUCGUUAUUUUUAUUAACUUUAAAAGAAACAAUAUUAUAAUAUAAUAAUAUUAAAAUAAAGAAAAAAAAAUAAAUACGCUGAAUUUUAUUACGCUGCAGUUGUUUCAAAACGAAAUUAAAAACGGAUUGUUUGUUUAUCUACGAUGGAACAACUUUUCCGAAAAAAAGAGGUUAAUUAUUUUUACCUGAAUUUUAAUUUUUUUUAUCUUAUUUCGAAUUGAACCAUG